GGAAAUGACGUCAUUUGGUGACGACGCGAACGUUUGUUUAUCUUUAGCAGUGAAGCUAAACACGAAUGGUGUAGCUCCAUUACAAACUGAGCUUCUGUCGUCACCAUGGGUGAAAGAAAAGGAACAAACAAAUACUACCCUCCUGAUUUUGACCCAGCCAAGCAUGGAUCGCUCAAUGGCUACCAUAAAACUCACGCCCUGCGGGAGAGGGCCAGGAAACUGUCCCAGGGCAUCCUCAUCAUCAGGUUUGAAAUGCCCUACAACAUUUGGUGUGAUGGCUGCAAAAAUCACAUUGGCAUGGGUGUUCGUUACAAUGCAGAGAAGAAGAAAGUGGGGAAUUACUACACCACACCAAUCUACAGGUUUAGGAUGAAAUGCCACCUGUGUGUCAACUACAUUGAGAUGCAGACGGAUCCAGCAACUUGUGAUUAUGUUAUAGUAAGUGGAGCUCGUAGGAAGGAGGAACGCUGGGACAUGGCUGAGAAUGAGCAGAUCUUAACUACAGAACGAAUGGAGAAGGAGAAGCUGGAGACGGAUGCCAUGUACAAACUGGACCAUGGUGGGAAAGACAAAGAGAAGCUUGCAAAAGCUCUUCCAUCUCUUUCUGAGAUUCAGGACUACCAGGCAGGUUGGAAGGAUGACUUUCAGCUCAACAGCUCCCUCCGCAGGAAGUUCAGAACCGAAAAGAAAAUUCUGGUUGAGCAGGAGGAGCAAGACAAUGCUGUAAAGAUGAGGACAAACUUAUCUAUACCACUGCUGCCGGAGAAAGAAGAGGACAAAAAACUGGCAGCACUACUAAUCUACCAAACACCUGACUCAUACGAGGACAAACAGCACAGCAAGCGGAAAGAAAUCGCCUCUCGCUCUUGGUUUAAUUUCACCUCGUCACCAGCAGGGGGUGCUGCAGGCAGUCUGCUCCAUAAACUGAGCCUGCAGGGGAAAGAAGCUGCUGUGGCCAAAGCCCUGGGCUCCUCUCACAGCCCCCUAAUCCGCAGACGCACUGGUGAAUCUGGAAGUAAAAAUGAACCCUGCGCCACCGUCACCCGUAGAAACUCUCAGUCAGAAGGUGAUGAAGAAAGGCUGAAAGUGACGCAGAAAGAAGAAGCUCCAUGUACACGAUCCGCGCAUGAAGGUGAGGAAGAGGAGCAAAAUGGCAGUGGUUUGAAUAACUCCAAAACAACAGAGGAAGUUCAGAAACUGACAAACGCAGCGAACUGUGUGAAGGAGAGCGAGAAGGGAACAAGUUCAGGAGGAGUCACGUCUUUGGUGGCCGAUUACAGCGACUCAGAUUCAGACUCAACACAAUGACACUAAAUAAAAAAGUUAAAUGGGACAGAAAACGACACAUAAUCUUGUGUUUUCCUAACAUGUUUAAAAGUAACAGUAUUGAUUACACCUUCUCAUUAAUUAAAAGUUUGAGCUGCACAUUACAUUUUUCUUUGUGUUCAGCAUGCAUUUUGAAUGUUUUGGUAGUGUUGCAUCUGUCACAGCUUAAAAUAUUUAAUUUAGAUUUUAGAUUAAGAUCUAAAUUAACUCGUGAUCUGAUAAUACAGGCUGACACAUCAAAAUGUGAGUAAAUUUCUGAGCCAAGUACUGAACCGUUGUUAUUUUUUUAUAUUAAUAUUUAUAACUAUCCACAGUAGAAAGCUCAAACAACAAAGACCUUUUCACCGUUUAGUUUAUACAAUAAUUUUUUCUUGUUAUAUUCACAUAGAUCUGGUUUUAAAACAAUUCAACUGCAGAUUAAAUAAAUGCUGAAUGGUGUUCAGUCUUUAUGUACUAAUAAGAAUGAAUGAAGGUAUUCGCUGCCCAGGUAAAUGAUUGAUAUUAAAAUUAAAGCCAAAGUUUCACACUUCAUACCAAACAAGUUACAAUCACAUGUAAUGCUUUAGGCAUAAAGAUUAAUAUACAGCUGGACUAUUGUGUAAGUAUAAUUUUAUCUCACUUAAAACC